CGCUCUACUUACUUCUCACCACAUCGAGUCGUCUACCAACGGCCUGGUGGACGUCUGGUCAAGGUGAUGGCGAUCUCCGGCGACCGCCUGCAAGCACGUUGCCACACUGUGAGACCUGCCAGGAGCUUCCCAGUCUCUCGUGCGCCGGCUAAGCAUCAGCAUCCUGCGAACUGCGAUCUGCGUACAGUACAGUGCAUCUGUAAGCGCCCAGCGAGCUUCUUUCUCUACACCACUUCGCCACAACGUGCCGAUACAUGUAGCUACCCCUCGUCUUCCCUCCAUCAUGCCAUGCAGCCCAGCCCUACACCCUCCUCGAAAUCCGGCCGACAAAUGGAAUGCUCAGCCCUACGCGCAGACGCUGGGGCGUUUGUGCCGUCGGUUACGGUGCCGAAGGACUAGCGGCUGCGCCGAAGACUUUCCUGAAAGAGUGAUUGAGUGCUUACAUGUCCUAUUAUGCACGCGUGCAUGCAGAUAUUGAUGAAUUUGUUCCUAUUCUGGGAGACAAGUCGUAGCAAUAUUCGCAUUCGUACUGAGCUUCUGCAUGUCUUUGUGUCCUCAGUAGCGUGGUGAUAUGCGGAGAAGGAAGGCUUCUUUGUAUGUAGAGACGCAAGGACAGUGUGCAAAGAGCA